AUGGACACCAAACAGGACCCCGAAAAGAUCCAGACCAUUCCCAGCCGCGACAGCGAAGAAAUCAUCAAGGAGUCCGUUGCGGAGCAUGAAGUCUUCCAGAUCACCGAGGAUGGCGUCGACUUUCGAACCGUCACUUGGCCACGCGCUGCCAUCGUUUUUCUAAAGAUCCUCUUCGCUACCGGCGUCCUGAGCAUUCCGGCCGCUAUGUACGAGAUCGGGGCCGUCGGUGGUGCUCUGGUUCUGCUUGGGUUCGGUAUGCUGAACUGCUAUGUCGGCAAGAUCCAGGGCGAUUUCCGAAACAAGCACCCUAGUUGCCAUUCCGUUGCGGACAUGGUGGGAGUCAUGGCCGGCCCUCUGGCGAAAGAGCUCAUCGGCGGGCUCUACAUCAUUGCCUGGGUCCUGUGUGCCGGCGCGGGCAUCAACGGCACCAGCGUCGCAUUCAACGCACUCUCCGACCACGGUGCCUGCACCGUCUGGUUCUCCUUCGUUUCUAUGAUCAUCGUCGCGUUGUCGGCCUCGGUUCGCACCUUCCAAAACCUCGGCUGGGUCGGAUGGGCUGGCUUCAUCUCGAUCUAUGUCGCCGUCUUUAUCCUCGUCGUUGCCGUCACCCAAGUUGACCGCCCAGCUGCAGCCCCCAGUUCGGGGCCGUACGACCUAGGAUACCGCGCGAUCGGCAGCACUUCGUUUCACGGCGGCAUAGUCGCCACCACCACUAUCUUCGUCUCCUCAGCCGGCACCUCCGCCUUCAUCCCCGUCAUCGCAGAGAUGCGCCGCCCCCAAGACUUCAACAAGGCCCUCUACGUGUGCAUGUCCUUCGUGACCGCCUCUUACAUUACUUUCGCCUCGGUCAUCUAUGCCUGGUGCGGUGUCUGGAUCACGGCGCCGGCGCUGGGCUCCGCGGGGCCGACCAUCAAGAAGGUCACCUACGGCAUCGGCCUGGUCGGGCUGAUCGUGUCGGGCGCCUUCUACAACCACGUGGCCGCCAAAUACCUGUUCGUGCGCCUCCUGCGCCGCUCCAAGCACCUCCAGUCCAACUCGCUCGUGCACUGGUCCACCUGGCUGGGCUGCACGUUCGGGCUCGCCGCCAUCGCCUUCAUCCUGGCCCAGGCCAUACCCGUGUUCAACUACCUCGUCGCCAUCACGGGGAGCUUCUGCUUCGCACCCCUCGCGCUGAUGGUGCCCGCGUGGAUCUGGAUGUACGACCACCCGCACUACCGCCGGGGCAGCAUCCUGCAACAGGCCUGGUACGCCGCCCACAUCCUGCUGAUGCUGUUUGGCGCCUUCCUGUGCGUCGGCGGCACCUACGGCACCAUCCAAAGCAUCAUCGAUGCGUAUAAAAGCGGUACCAUUGGUGGUGCAUUUUCGUGUCAGGACAAUUCGGGGACUGUGCUGGGGCACUAA